AUGGGUCGUGUCAGGACUAAGACCGUCAAAAAGGCAGCGAAAAUUAUUAUUGAAAAAUAUUACACAAGAUUAACUCUUGAUUUUGAUACAAAUAAGCGGAUAUGUGAGGAAAUAGCUAUAAUCCCAACCAAACCCCUUCGUAAUAAGAUCGCAGGAUUUGCUACCCAUUUGAUGAGACGUCUGAGGCACUCACAAGUGAGAGGUAUUUCUAUCAAACUGCAGGAAGAAGAGCGUGAGAGGCGUGAUAACUAUGUCCCAGAAGUAUCUGCCCUUGAACAUGACAUUAUUGAGGUUGAUCCUGAUACUAAGGACAUGUUGAAGAUGCUUGACUUCAACAACAUCAAUGGCCUCCAACUGACACAGCCUGCAACUCAGGGAGGCUAUGGUGGCAGACGUAAUUAG